UGCAGUUCCACAACACGAGCGCGAACCACAGCACUACAAUCUGACGAUGGAGGAGCGCAGCGCGAACAAACUGCGGAUUACCGAGUCGAAAAUUGUCGGUGUGUAUUAAAAAAGUGAACCAUGAUGAUGAUAGUGAUGAUGAUGCUGAUGCUCCAGGAAUCGAGCGCGAGACCGAUGAUCGCUCUCAUCAGAUGCUGAUGAUGGUCGCGCGACCUGCGUGAUUUCCUCCUGCUGGAGCUUCCUGGUUCCUUUUCAUCACCAUAUCUGAGUCUCAGCCAACCUGACAGAAUGAUUGAAGAGGGAAGUAAAAGCAGCAAGUCCAUGGUGGAGAAGAGACAGCUCUUCAUGGAGAUGAGGGCUCAAAACUUUGAUGUCAUUCGCCUCUCAACGUACAGGACAGCAUGUAAGCUACGAUUUGUCCAGAAACGCUGCAACCUUCACCUAGUGGACGUGUGGAACAUGAUCGAAGCCUUUCGCGACAACGGGUUGAGCACGCUAGACCACAACGCCGAGAUUAACGUGUCCCGCCUGGAGACCAUUUUGUCCUCAAUCUUCUACCAGCUCAACAAGCGGCUGCCCACCACGCACCAGAUAAACGUGGAGCAGUCCAUCGGCCUGCUGCUAAACUUCAUCGUGGCCACUUAUGACAGUGAAGGCCAUGGGAAACUCACAGUGUUUGCUAUGAAGGCAAUGCUAGCUACGAUGUGUGGCGGUAAAAUACUGGAUAAAUUACGUUAUGUAUUUUCCCAGAUCUCAGACUCCAACGGGGUGAUGGUCUUUGCCAAAUUUGACCAGUUCUUGAGGGAGGUGUUGAAGCUCCCGACGGCAGUGUUCGAGGGCCCUUCGUUCGGCUACACCGAGCACUCCGUGAGAACAUGCUUCCCUCAGCAGAAGAAGAUCUUGCUGAAUACGUUUUUGGAUGUGUUGAUGGCAGAUCCACCCCCGCAGUGCCUCGUAUGGCUACCUCUCAUGCACCGACUCGCUAAUGUAGAGAAUGUCUUCCAUCCAGUGGAAUGUUCAUACUGCCGGAGUGAGAGCAUGAUGGGUUUUCGGUACCGCUGCCAGCAGUGCCAUGGCUACCAGCUUUGUCAGAGCUGCUUCUGGCGCGGUCAUGCCAGUGGCCCUCAUAGCAACCAGCACCAGAUGAAGGAGCACUCAUCAUGGAAGUCUCCAGCAAAGAAGCUCAGCCACGCCAUCAGUAAAUCUCUGGGCUGCAUGCCGAUCGGAGAGCCUCCGCAUCCCGUGUUUCCAGAGGCAGCAGAAAGACCUCAGGAUCUCGCACACACUACUCAGCUGAGGCCACUGGCCGACAACAUGAGCGAUACCGUUCUUAUUUCCUCCGGGACGCCAACGCCUUCAAAAAGCACUCUUGAGAGUCCCAGCCGACUGGAUGAAGAGCAUCGUCUAAUUGCUCGAUAUGCGGCUCGUCUGGCGGCCGAAGCCAGCAACUCCAGUCAAUGCCCUCCGUCUGAUCUGAGCUUCAACUUUGAUGCUAAUAAGCAGCAGCGGCAACUCAUCGCAGAGCUGGAGAAUAAAAACAGGGAGAUCCUGCAGGAGAUCCAGCGUCUGCGUCUAGAGCAUGAACAGGCUUCUCAACCGACCCCUGAAAAAGCCCAGCAGAACCCAACACUACUGGCAGAGCUACGACUGCUGCGGCACAGAAAAGAUGAGCUGGAGAGGCGCAUGUCGGCACUGCAGGAGAGCAGGAGAGAGCUGAUGGUCCAGCUGGAGGGCCUCAUGAGGCUCCUGAAGGAUGAAGAGCAGAAACAGGCAGCUCAGACGGGGACCUCGCCACACUCAUCGCCCAGCCACAGUGCCAGCUGCACCAUGCCUAUGCCCAUCCGCUCCACCUCGGCCGGCUCAACCCCCACACACACGCCGCAGGACUGUCUGGCAGGGGUUGGAGACGACGUGCUGGAUGCCUUUUCUCAGGGUGUACCAAGAAAUCUCCGUAAUGAUCUUUUAGUGGCUGCAGACUCGAUCACAAACACUAUGUCGUCACUAGUGAAAGAACUUCACUCAGUGGAUGACGGGCUCGAGGAAGAGGAAGAGAAUAUGCGAAAUGGACGGGAGAAGAUGUCAUCGCUGAAGCAUUCUGGGAAAAGGCACUCCACCCCUUCACUCUGAGCCCCAGGAAAGGACCAGCGACUUCGAGAAGAAAAAAAAAAUCUCCCUGGCAUUCGCAUAUUGACAAAUGCAUGCUCUUCCCCAACUGGGUUUCACCAUGUGAAACAAGCUCUUCAUCUCACCUUGCACAGAGCAAGUUGUAUUUAUUAGGAAGUAUAUAAAUAUAUAUAAAUAUAUAUAUAUAAAUAUAGCUCUAUGUCUAUCUGUAUAAACUCAUCGUUAUCACCUUGUUACCCAUGAGAAUGGCUUGUUUGUGCUUUCUUACUCUCUAAAAACGAACGCACUGUGCAUUUUCAUCACGUCACUCAGAUUUGAUCUAUGCUGUAGCUAUUUUUCCCUAUGCUGGGAGCAUUUUUUGUUUGGUUUUGUAUAACUAGUGUAAUUUUUGUUUUGUUUUAAUGCAUGGAGUGGCUCUGCUGGAUUGGUGGAGUGGCUUGUGUUUGCUCUGCAUGUGGCAUUUAUUCUGAGCGACUCGAGUGAAGCCUCUUAUAGUCUUCUGCUCAUUCAAAACUGCUGCUUUGGCAUCUCGGAAACAAGCACCAUAUAUCAGGGACGUCUCGUAGAGCUCGCCGUUUUGUCUGGGAUUUAUGCUUCUGUGUUCAGUUUAGCCUGUCUUCGUGGCCGUUGUUUUAGUGCUUCAGUAUUAGUUUAGAGUAUGGCAUAUGUUGCUCUUUGUAUUUUUGCAGAGCAUAAAGGG